UCUCUGUCAUUGGAGAAAAAGGGAUAUAGAGGUGUUGUUUGUUUUGAAGAGAGAUGAAUUACACCCAUAGAAGAAUUCUUUUGACAGUCCUCUUAUUAAUUUCAUCAGGGGCAAAAUGGUCAGAGGGGGCAAGAGUGUUCACACUGGUGAACGAGUGCAAGACGACGAUUUGGCCGGCUAUCACCCCGGGUGAGAACUUUAACGGGGGCGGGCUGGCCCUCCGGUCGGGCCAGUCGGUGGUGUUCACCGCCCCAGUCGGAUGGUCGGGCCGGAUCUGGGGCCGGACCGGGUGCAACUUCGACCAGGCCGGCAACGGCUCGUGCCAGACCGGCGCCUGCGGCACCGCCCUCAAGUGCUCCGCCUCCGGCGAACCCCCCGCCACCCUCGCCGAGUUCACCCUCGCCGCAAUGGACUUCUACGACGUCAGCCUCGUCGACGGCUUCAACCUGCCGAUCACGGUGAUGCCCGUCAACGGCAAGGGCGGCAACUGCUCCGCCGCCGGCUGCAACACCGACCUGAGGAACAGCUGCCCGACGGAGCUGGCCGUGAUGGCGGACGGGAAGACGGUGGCGUGCCGGAGCGCGUGCGACGUGUUCGACACGGACCAGUACUGCUGCAGGGGAGUGUACGGGAAUCCGGUCACGUGCCAGCCGACGUACUACUCCAAGAAGUUCAAGCAGGCGUGCCCCACGGCUUAUAGCUACGCAUACGAUGAUCCUACCAGUAUUUUUACGUGCCUCGAGGGGGAUUAUAUCAUCACCUUCUGCGCCAUUGGCAGGAAGCAAACAGUGUGCACAUAUCACAAUCAUAGAUUGGUUUGCAGUGGCUCAAGUGGAUCUGCAUCACUGAUUUAUAAAUGGUUGGUUCUGAUGCUUUUGUGCAUGGUGAGUCUGUGGUCUUGUGUAUAAGAGUAAUGAUCAUUUUUUGGAGUGUCAAGUUGAAGAGGAUACCUAAAUUUUAGUGUCCCCUGCUUCACACUUGAAAUUUGUUCUGUGGAUUGACCUAUGUAAAUAAAGUAUUCUUUCUUUUAUAAAAAAAAAAACUUUCUGCAAUUCAAAAUUCA